AUGCAACAUUUGCAGGAUCUCGAAGGUCGACUUGACCAACUCAUCUCGGAAAAUCGUUUACUCAUCGCCGCUCGCGAUGAGGCCGAAGAUCAAUUGCGUAACGCCAGCGUCGGUCGCCGGAAGAGCGAUCGGGCUCUGAAGAGUAGUGGCGCCGAUCUGCGCGACAGAGAGGCCGAGGUGGAACAACUAAAGAGCUCCGUGGAAUGGUUUCAGAUGGAAUUGGGCCGUUUGACCCAGGAGAACGAGAAAUUGACGGCGUCCAAUGCUGCGCUCGCUGCCGCCCACGCCGCCGAAGUCACCCAGGUCCGCGAGGCCUCCACGCGCGAACUCGACACCUUACGUUCGCAACAUAAUGACCUGGCCUCAGAUAUUGACGCUCGGGUCCGACGAGAGAUUCAAGCAGCCUUGGCGCAAAAGGAUACUGAAUUGCGCCGUCUUCGCCAAGAACUUGAGGAGGCUCGUGAUAAGGUGAAGGAGCUACAACAACAAAUCGCCGCGUCCGUCACCGAUAAUGCCCUCGUGUUUCGUGAUGAGGAUUACUUCGACGCCGCGUGCCAGAAGCUCUGUGGUCACGUCCAACAAUGGGUACUGCGCUUCUCCAAACACUCUGACCACCGUCGCUGCCGCUCUCUAAGUGAGCUGAACGAUGAGAAGGUUGCUGAUCGCUUCGAUAAUGCCCUUCUUGAUGGCUCCGAUGCCGAUGCUUACCUAGCUGACCGUGUUCGUCGACGUGAUGUUUUCAUGUCGGUUGUCAUGACCAUGGUCUGGGAGUAUAUUUUCACCCGGUACUUGUUCGGUAUGGACCGGGAACAGCGCCAAAAACUCAAGUCACUUGAGAAGCAAUUGGGAGAGGUUGGACCUAGUCGCGCAGUCCACCGCUGGCGUGCCACCACCUUGACCCUGUUGUCCAACCGACCAGCGUUUGCCUCCCAACGCGAUAGCGACACUGAAGCGGUCGCUCUGGAGAUUUUCGGCACCCUCUCACUAGUCCUUCCUCCUCCUUCCCAGGUGGAGUCUCAGCUGCUCGACUCCUUGCGCAAGGUCCUUCGUGUCGCUGUCAAGCUAUCCCUGGAGAUGCGCACUCAACUAGCGGAGUAUAUCAUGCUCCCUCCUCUCCAGCCCGAAUACGACACGAAUGGUGACCUGGCCCGCCAGGUAUACUUCAACGCCUCUCUUAUGAACGAACGCAGCGGCGAGACUAGCUCCAAUGACGAAUUAGAAUCUCAGCAAGCUGUCGUACGUAUUGUCCUCUUUCCCCUCGUGGUCAAAAAGGGCAACGAUGUCGGUGAGGGUGACGACGAAGUCGUCGUCUGCCCUGCGCAGGUGCUCAUCGCCCGCCCGGGCAAAGACAAGCGACUCUCGCGAAUGACCAGCGGUGACCGCAUGUCUAUUGACGGCGCCCGCUCCGUCCACAGCGUGGCACCUUCUAUUGCCCCGUCUACGAUGGACAUGAGCAAUGUGAUUUGA